CUUCAGUGCUGUCAAGUGUAACGUACCUUUCACAAACAACCUAACCAAGACUUCCAAGUCAACAUCAUGCCUGUCCCGCUCCUUGACGCAUCCCAAGUUCGGGCUGGCCCUGAGGCGCGAAAGAGCUUCCUCAGGGACCUGAUCCAGAGUUUCCAGGACUAUGGAUUCGUCCGGCUCACGAACCAUGGCAUUCCUCCGGCGAGGGUGAAGGAAAUGUUUGAGCUGGCGGGUGAACUGUUCAGUCUCGACACCGAAACUAAACUCGGAUUCGCCAACAUUGCCGAUGGCAGCCCCCAGCGCGGGUAUAGCGCUAUUGGCGUUGAGAAGACCGCUUCCUUGCACGGAAAGCUGAUCGGCCGUAACGUGGAUGAGAGGCUGACAGAUGCUAGAGAGCACUUUGACUGCGGCUCCCCGCUUGAUGAGGAGUACAGGAACCGGUGGCCCCAGUCCGAAUCUCUUGGCUAUUUCCGGAAGGAAAUGGAAGCGUUCUACUUCGAGAUGGAACAGGUAACUGCCGAGCUGCUCAGUUGGCUGGAAGAGGGACUGGGCGUGCCCCGGGGCACGUUCAACAAUCUCGUCACGCACGAGAAGAACGCCAGCGAGCUCCGUCUGAACCACUACCCCCCCGUCCCGGCCUCGCAGCUCCUCAGCGGCCAGGUCUCGCGCAUCUGGCCUCACUUCGACCUGGGCGUCAUCACCCUGCUCUUCACCUCCGGGGUGGGCGGGCUCGAAGUGGAGGACAGGAAGGCGCCCGGACCGCAGACCUUCAUCCCGGUCGAGGCCGAGACGCAGGACGAGCUCAUCGUGAACAUCAGCGAGACCCUCCAGCGCUGGACCGACGACAAGCUCCCGGCGGGCCUGCACCGCGUCUCGACUCCGAAGGAGCUCGAGGAGAGGAUCAAGACCGACAGCAGCGUCGAGAUCCCGCGGCGCUACAGCAUCGCGUAUCUGUGCAAGGCUGACCGCCACGCCUCCGUGGGCACCCUCCCGGCCUUCCAGACCGAGGAGAAGCCUCACUACCAGGAGAUGACGGCGGCCGAGUAUCACCGUCAGCGGCUCUUGACGGCCUACUAA